CGUUCUUCCGCUGUUUGAAAAGGGCAACUGCGAUAAAGUAGCUUUAUUAUUAUUAUUAUUAUUAUUAUUAUUAUUAUUAUGAAAUUAAUAAUAAUAAUUCCUUAAUUAUCCAAUAAGAUAUGAGUGUUUUCCCGUAAAAAGGAUUACCAUGGCGAGGACUGGAGAUAUCAUUCAUUUAAACGUCGGGGGCAAAAGGUUCAGUACCUCCAGGCAGACUCUGACAUGGGUUCCUGACUCAUUUUUCUCAAGUUUAUUAAGUGGACGGAUAUCAACUCUAAAAGAUGAGACUGGAGCGAUAUUUAUAGACAGAGAUCCAUCUCUCUUUGCUCCCAUUCUAAAUUUCUUGCGCACUAAAGAGCUACACCCCAGGUCCAUAGAUGUUCACCAAUUAAUGCAUGAGGCAGAGUUCUAUGGAAUCACACCGCUAGUGCGAAAGCUGCAGUUGUGUGAUGAGUUGGAUCGCUCCUCCUGUGGGAACGUCUUGUUCAAUGGCUACCUGCCACCACCAGUGUACCCAGUGAAGCGCAGAAACAGGCACAGCGUGGCAGGACCUCAGUUCAUGGGUGCACGUGCGGGGCCAGUGGAGAGAGCCCCCGUCAGGAGGAGUAACACCAUGCCACCCAACCUGGGCAAUGCUGGCAUACUGAGCAAAACUGUCAUGGAGGAGAGAGUGCCAGGUCAGAUGUCUGACCCUGGCAUGGUCAGAAUCAUAUGUGGUCAUCAUAACUGGAUUGCUGUGGCCUAUGCCCAGUUUGUGGUGUGUUACAGGGUUAAGGAGUCUACUGGAUGGCAACAGGUCUUUACAAGUCCACGUCUAGACUGGGUGAUUGACAGGGUGGCUCUUAAUGCUAAAGUCAUGGGCGGUUCACUUGGGGACAAUGAUAAGAUGGUUGCUCUGGCAUCAGGCACGGAGAUCAUACUAUGGGCUAUCUGUCCUGAUGGCAAUGGCAAUGAAAUUGGUGUGUUCAGUCUGAAUGUGCCGGUGGAGGCUUUGUUUUUUGUAGGAAAUCAGCUCAUUGCCACCAGCCACACGGGCAAAGUUGGAGUAUGGAACGCUGUCACAAAACACUGGCAGAAUCAGGAUGUGGUUCCCAUCAACAGUUAUGACACAGCCGGCUCUUUCCUGAUUCUGGGCUGCAAUAAUGGAUCUAUUUACUACAUAGAUGUCCAGAAGUUUCCAUUGCGGAUGAAGGACAAUGAUUUGUUGGUGACGGAGCUGUAUCGAGACCCCAGUGAAGAUGCUAUUACUGCUCUAAGUGUCUACUUGACGCCCAAAACAAGUGACAGUGGGAACUGGAUUGAGAUUGCAUAUGGCACUAGUUCAGGCACAGUGCGUGUGAUAGUGCAGCAUCCAGAGACUGUGGGUUCUGGUCCACAACUCUUCCAGACCUUCUCUGUACACCGUAGCCCUGUUACAAAGAUCAUGCUGUCUGAGAAACAUCUUAUAUCUGUGUGUGCAGACAACAAUCAUGUUCGUACUUGGACGGUGACGCGUUUCCGAGGUAUGAUCUCCACCCAGCCUGGCUCCACCCCCCUUACUUCCUUUAAGAUCCUCUCAUUGGAUGAUAUUGAUGGUCAUGGAGGCUGUACUGCCGGCAAUGAAAUAGGCCCAUAUGGGGAGAGAGACGAGCAGCAGGUGUUUAUCCAGCGUGUGGUUCCUGACACUGAAAAACUCUAUGUAAGACUUUCCUCCAAUGGGAAAAGGGUAUGCGAGGUGCGAUCGGUGGAUGGGACCUCCAUCACUGCAUUUGUGGUGCAUGAAUGUGAGGGAUCCAGCCGUAUUGGUUCCAGGCCCCGCCGGUACCUCUUCAGUGGUCAUAGCAACGGCAGCAUCCAAAUGUGGGACCUCACAACUGCAAUGGAAAUUGCAGGGAAAGUGGACAUCAAAGCUCUUGGUGGCCCCACUGAAGAGGAGCUUUUGGAGCUGUUGGACCAGUGUGAUCUGGCUCUGACCCGAACACCAGAUAUGAGUCCUGCUGCCUCACUCACACAUUCCUCUCGCAACUCUGCUUGCAGUUUACAGUCCCAGUUGAAUGAGAGUUAUCGUGUUGGUGGUGGUUUCCGGUGUCCAGUUCCUCUUAAUGGCAGCCUGCCUCGCCAGGCCCCUUUAGUGCCCUUCAGCAAACCUCGCGAGCUCCCGUCCCACCUCGGCUUUAGCCAGUCCUCUCUCACCAGUAGCACCAGUGGCAGCAACAGCCCGCAUCCCAGCCGGGCCCCUCUGGAUCGUGAGAAGGACCGGGAUGGCCUUGGAGCUAUCCGAAGAGGUAGCUUUGUGGAGCGCUGUCAGGAGAGAGCCAAGUGCUCAGACGCAGGUGGCCUAGAUGCAGGGAGGAGGAGUUUAGCUGUCUGCAAUGAGCUUGAAGCACGACUCGGCCUCAGAAUACCAUCAUCAUUUUCUACCCUGCCAGGGGCCUGCUUGUCAACACCACCUUCAUCAUCAUCAUCAUCACUGAGAAAACCAAGCCCCGUUCCUUCACCCCUAAGUCCAGCGAGAUCACAAACGCUGGUGUCUCCAAGACGACCACUCACUUCUCCAACUAGCGAGAGCCCGUCCAAUGAUAAUGUGUCUGGCCAUGAAAGCCCCGCCUCUCCACCUUCCAACAGCCCCAAACCUCAUAUGAAUGAAACCAGCUUCUAAUGAGCUAUUUUUAUAUACAUAUAGAAAUUCAGCUAGAAAACAAUUUGUUUUGUACUAGAAAGCCAACACAAUUAAAUUCUGAUUAAUUUGUUGUUGUGCAAAAGGCUGAAUUUUUUGCAUUCCAUGUAAGGCUGAUUUUCAAGUCAGGACAGCUCAUAUUGCUUAUUGUUUCACUUGAGGAAUGUCUUCCAGGUCAAAAGGACCAAUUUCUUUUUUUACUACGGUACUCUUAGUAUUGCAAGGUGCCUUAUUGAAUUUGAAUAUUGAAUGUGAAGUCAUUAUGAGAACAUGAUUUACUGCAUGCAAAUUACAAAUGAAUUCACAUUCCAUGAGACUUUUGGAAAAAAGAUGAAAGACAUUGAAGAAGAAAAUACGUUUUGCAUUAUGUACAUUUCCUGCCUACAAUCUGUAAUUGUAUUAAACAUGCAGACUUGUUAAAUGACACCGUACAAAAAUAUGGUAUAAUGUAGCUUUAAUUUUGUGAGGCUUUGUUAUUGUUGUUCAGUAUGUCACACUGGUUAGUUGUGCACUGGCUGAUAUUACUGAAUUAAAUUUUUAGAAUCCAAAUGUUUAAAUCUAAUAGGUUUGUGUAACUAAUUAGUAGUCGCCCAAUAUGUUUUUUUAAUGGCCAAUACAUAUGCCAAUAUCAAGAGGCAGAUAUACAGUAUAUCAUACAAUUCAAUGUUAGCAAAUGCGAUGAACACAAAAUUGCUGAAUUUCAAUUGAAAAUUUAAAUAUGUAUUUUUAAGAACAGAAAAUGUACUUUAUGCACUGACAAAGCUGUCAGUUUGGAAGGUGAAAUGAUCACUUCUAUCAAAGGAAUGUGCCAGAUGGGCUGGUUUGAGUAUUUCUGUAACUGCUGAUCUCCUGGGAUUUUCAUGCACAACAGUCUCUAGAAUUUACUCCGAAUGGUGGCAAAAACAAAAAACAUCCAGUGAGGUUUAGUUCUGUGGACGAAAAUGCCUGAGAGGUCAACAGAGAAUGGCCAGACUGGUUCAAACUGACAAAGUCUACGGUAACUCAGAUAACCACUCUGUACAAUUGUGGUGAGAAGAAUAGCAUCUCAGAAUGCAAUUCUGAGAUGUGGGUUGACGCUGUUGGCGCUUGUUUGGUUUUAAUGAUGUGGCUGAUCGGUGUACGUGCCUCACUGUAACCUCGAUUUUUGCUUUUUUAAAGAAAAGGAGGAAUGAUUCCAAAUACAUUUUUGUGGUAAUCAACAUUAUGCGAAUGAGCUUAACUUGUAUUGAACCCAGAAUAUUCCCUUAAUCAGCCAAUUGGGAACAGUUAUUAGCUGAUGGCAAUAAUUUUAAAAUGUUAAAUGCCAAAUCACAGCCAAUAUAGUUUUGUGUAAGACCAAAUUCUGAAGAACUUGAAAAAAUUGGUAAAUCUGAAUAACUUCCAAAAUUGAGUGGAAUAUGGUAUAAAACACAAGGAGAGAGUGUUUAAUUCAGUUAGUAAUGCUUGAACUCUUGCUCAUAGUGCACUUGCUGACAUUCUCUGGUCAGCGAGGCAACACUGGAAACACUGUGUAUAUGUAAUCACCAAACAUUCAUUGUAUUUUCUGCUAAUAGAAUAUAGACUAUCAGUUGGGACUUUACAAUACACCUGAAAGGAGUGGUUGUUGUGUGUAAAUGCAAACUGUUUAAAGUUUUCACGUCUGUAGGAGGAUUGGUGUGCCUUUAAACAAGAAAAAGGGGCGUUACUAUGCUAAACACUUAAAUUGCAUCUUAACGUCAGCUUGAAUUAGAUUGUGUUUGGAUAGAAAGAUUCCCAAACCAUGCAGUUAGAUGCAGUCUUACUUUGAAGGGGUCUUAAUGUACACAUUGUUUCUGUUGACAUGACUAUAUUUUUAUAUGAUAAGACCCCUAUUGCUCUGACUGUCAUCUGCUUUUACUGCUAUUUACUCCAAAUACUUUUUUUUAAUGUAUGUUUCCCCCCCUCAUCUAAGAUUUAUGAUCCUGUUUAUGAUGAUGCUUGCAAAUUUUGUAUAUAUGCCAGAUAUUGGUAUGAUAUAUAUUGGUUUAUAUGCAGUUGUUACAUGAAAGAUAUCAUCCCAGAAUGUAAUGUGAAACUUUGUUCUGGCAAUGAUUGUAAUGGCACCCAGACAUUGUGUAGUUGCUUUUUUUUUUUUUUUUUUACUUUAUUCUUCCUUGGACACAGAAUAA